CGGCGCGUGCCUCGUGAGUCCAGUUUCUCGGCUAGUUCGCGCUGCCCACCUCCUCCUCCUCUCUCUCUCUCUCUCUGCUUCGGGCCUUCCGGGGCUACGCGGAAGCGAAGAGCAGAGGAGCAGUAGAAAUCGGCAUGGCAGCGAGCGCGACCACGGGGGUGCUGAACCCUCUCCUCGGCAAGCUCGGCCAGCUGCUCGGCGAGGAAUACAAGAAGCUCACGGGGGUGAGGAAGCAGGCCUCAUUCCUCAAGGACGAGCUCAGCGCCAUGAAAGCUCUGCUCGACAAGAUGGAGCUCAUGGACAAGCUCGAUCCCACGGCCAAGAACUGGAGGGACCACAUCAGGGAGAUGUCUUAUGACAUGGAAAACUGCAUCGAUGAUUUUAUUCAUGACAUUCAAGGUGCCGAUGCAAAGAAAGGCUUCGUCAGGAAGAUGGCUCGGCGGCUCAGGAGGCUGGGGAGGCGUCAUCAGAUCGCCAACCGCAUCGAGGAGCUCAAGGUUCUCGCGGUGGAGGCGAAUGCUCGGCGCGAGAGGUACAGGAUUGAUGAUUGUAUCAAUUCGAGUUAUGACACCGUGGUUGUGGAUCCCCGAAUGACGGCGAUUUAUAAGGAGGCAACAGGCCUCGUUGGUAUUGAUGCCCCAAAGGAAGAGCUGGUUAGUUUGUUGAUGGAUUCCAAGAAAGAACUUAAAGUGGUUUCCAUUGUGGGGUUCGGAGGUUUGGGUAAAACUACACUUGCCAGCAAAGUGUAUGAUGAGAUUGGAGGGCAAUUUAACUGUAUGGCAUUUGUUUCCGUCUCCCAAAGACCAAAUGUGAAAAAUCUUCUCAGUGCACUACAAUUCAAUAUUGGGAUCAAGGAUUCUUCCCAUGUUCAAGAGCUGCAAGACAUUAUUAACCGCCUUAGGGAACACCUCAAGCAUAUGAGGUACUUUAUUCUAGUUGAUGACUUGUGGGAUGAACCAACAUGGAACAUUAUUAGUUGUGCCUUUCCAGAAAAUGCUAAUGGAAGUAGAGUAAUGGUAACCACACGACUGGAGGACGUAGCUGUUAGGGCAUGCGGCAAUGAUGACUCUAACAUUUACAGAAUGAAGCACCUUGAAGAGAAAUAUUCAACAAGAUUAUUCUGUAACAGAGUGUUUGGAUCUAAAAAUGUAUGCCCACCCCAGUUUGAAGAAAUUUUAGCUGAGAUUCUCAAGAAGUGUGGCGGAUUGCCACUUUCGAUUAUCACCAUAUCUAGCCUAUUAGCCAGCCAAGAAGCAAGAUUGGUGAAUGAAUGGGAGAUCAUAAAGAAUUCUCUUGGUGCCAAGUUUGCCACGAAACCCACCUUGGAAGAGAUGAGGGGUAUAUUAAACCUUAGCUACAUGCAUCUUCCUGUUCAUCUCCGUCCAUGCUUUUUGUACCUCGGCAUGUAUCCGGAAGACCGUGAGAUCUUAAGGGAUGACCUGGUUCGGCAAUGGAUAGCCGAAGGCUUUGUUUGUAGUUUGCACGGAGAUUUAGAUGGCGUUGCAAUAAGUUAUUUCAAUGAGCUUAUCAACAGAAGUUUGAUUCAGCCUGAGAAAACACAUUAUGGGGAGGUACUUUCUUGCAGAGUACAUGAUAUGAUGCUUGAUUUGAUUCUAAGCAAGUGUGCAGAAGACAAUUUUAUCAUUGUAGCAUAUGACAAUGAAGACAUGGAAAGAUUGCACAGAAGUGAGUACAAGGUUCGUCGAUUAUCCCUGAAAUCAAGUGUUGAUGGUGCUGGAGAAUAUAGCAGGCCUUAGUGAGCUGACUAAUCUGAAGGAAUUGACCUUGAGGAUGCCUUACCGCAAGUGCUUGACAGCAGAACAAGUGGAUGCUUUGGUCUUCUCCAUUGGUAUGCUCCGAGGCCUAAGGCAACUCUCCCUCAAAUGUC